AUGGACACUGCAGAGAAAAGCAUUCUUUUCUGUUUUAUCUUACAAGCUGUUUGCUGUAGAGAUUUCAACAUCAGUCUGCCGCAGAAGAUCGAAGCUCUCAAUGGAUCCUGUGUGAUCAUAAAGUGCAGAUUUGAGAUUCAGGAUCAAUAUGACAAAGACCUCACUGAGAGAGCUACAGGACAGUGGUUCAAGAACGGGACUGAUAUGAACAAAAAUCUAGUGUUUAACUCAAGCACAUCAAGCCAUAACUCCUUAAUGAAAGGGAACAUAACUGGAAAAUUGAAAGACAAGAACUGUACCACUGUUUUUCAUGACCUCAGAUCAAAUCACAUUGGUCAAUAUUACUUCAUGAUUGAGGGUGAAGGUGGACUGAAAUGGACCUAUACAAAAACAAGUGUUUCAAUUCAUGUGAUCGACUCUCCCCCCAAACCCACAGUGCAGCUGUACGUGGAGCAGAAGGAGGUGCAGGAUCAGGAGGAGGUGUUGGAGGGGAGCUCUGUGAGUCUGCGCUGCUCUGCUGAGACUCUCUGCUCCUCUCCUCCACCAACUCUCACAUGGAGCUCCACUCCCAGAAUCCCCCUCAGUGAGAGCAGCAGACUAGAGGAGCUCAUCUCUGAUCUGAACUUCACUGCUACUCACCGUCAGCACAGAGUCACUUUCACCUGCACUAUAACCUACCAGCUACAGGACGAGAACAAAACAGCACAGGACAGCAUCACAUUACAUGUUCAGUAUGCACCUAAAAUCUCUCCAUCCUCCAGCUGUGCCAGAACUGAUGUAACUGUGUGUUUCUGUGAGGCUGAUGGGAAUCCCUCUCCUGAACUGGAGUGGCAUCUGUCUGGACGUCCUGUCACUAACUCUUCAAACACGUUCAUCAGUGAAGAGCGAUUGAGCAGCACAGGCUUGAGGAGCUCCAUCACUCUUCAUCAGUCUCUCACACACACAUCCAAUCUGCAGUGUGCCAGCAGAAACACUCAUGGCACUGCAAGUCAACUAUUUCAACUGUCUUCAUUUUAUUCUUCAUUAGGUUUGAAUCAUCUCUCUGUGCUGAUUGGAGUUGUUGUUGUGGCUUUGGUGGUCAUGAUGAUGUGUGCCAUUAUAUAUACAUGUGUACGAUUGUCCUCUAAGCAAAAGAUUGUCCUCUAA